AUGACGGACUCAAACGGAGGAAUCGACCCCGCUCCAGACUCCGGCACAUCAGCGGGGCCUGCAGAAGCGAAUACAACUCACGAGAGCGAAGGAGGUUCGGUGCCGGAAUGGCAACAGGAGAUCGAGAGCCAACCCCUUGUCGGGGCAGUGGAGAGCCUGGACUGUCUUUUGCGGGAUUUCGAAGGCAACGCUGCACUCUGUGCAAAGGCCCAGACGUUCAUUAAGGAGCAGCAAAAGAGAAGGGACGUUUCUUUCAGCGCGAGUCGAACGCCAGGAGAUGGAGCGAGAGGCGCGGAGGCGGACGAGGGGAGGGUGGGAGGUUCAGGGGAGGACUCUGUGCAGGGAACUGAGGGCGCGUGGGCAAUGCGGAGAAUACGCAAAGACGGCUGCUGCUUUUAUCGCGCGUACAUGUACGGCGUUUUCCUCUACUUUCUUCGCCAACGCGAGAGUAUCAAAGUCUUCAUCAGACGGAUCAACGAGGAACUUCUGCCCCAGGUCCACGAAGUCAACGUGGGCGCAGAAACCGUGGCGGACUUCGCUGAAGAAACCGUGGAGAACUUGCAGAAGCUGGAGUCCCCUGAAGCCAGCAUGCAGACGCUCGACGACAUCUUCAACGACACAUGCAGCAGCAAUUACAUUGUUGUUUUCGCGCGUCUGCUCGCGUCGACGCACAUUAAGUUGAACAGUGAACUGUACUUGCCGUUCCUGACCGCGUAUGCCACAGUGGAAGAGUACUGCUCCCACGAAGUGGAUCCGAUGUGGGUGGAGGCUGAGCAACCUCAAAUCAUGGCGUUGACGGCGAUGACACAGAUGCCUGUGGAGAUCGUCUAUUUCGAUCAGUCGCCCGGCGAGGAGCCAGGUAAGUGUACAUGCCGAAUCAUUUGUAGUCUUUCGUUGCUUCGCCUCCAUUGUUUAGACUAUUCCCGUUAG